UCUUCACUUGCCCACAAGCCACGCGUCUCGCCGUGACACAAGACGCCGUACCUGAACAGCAGGUAGCACGUACGCGGGAAAAGUCUCGCAUAGUUAAAUGUGUACGGGUUCGCCGGGCACCGACGCGAUAAUUCGCCACUCGCGCUUGUUUUUCCCUCAUAAAUCCAGCCUCGUCGAUCACGGAUGCCGCCCCCAACCGCAGUAGUGCAGUACCAGCCAUCAAUCAGAUCUGCCCCUGGAUGCAUUUGUCGUCCGCUUGAUCAUAAAUAAGCUCGGGUGAUCGGGUCAGGGGCCUCAAUGGAAGGUGCCUGAAGGCUUCAUCUCCGUGUCUCGAUUUGUUUUAGCUCCAGUUUGCGUGAGAUGGCGUCCACUGAGUUAGCGUCGGAUGUGUACGCGCUCCCGUGCGGCGACGACGGCACGACGGCGCUGUCGACGCCGGUGGUCGUGUCGGUCCUCGCGUCGCUGCUGGAGCGGCACAUCGCCCGGAACGAGAGGGACCAGGCGGCGGCGGCGGACGGCGAGGCCGCGAGGAGGGCGCGCGCCUUCGACAGCGGCACGGUGCUGGACAUGAGCCUUCACGCGUUCCUGGAGCGGUUCUCCCGGUACGCGAACGUCUCGCCGCAGGUGUACGUCGUGGCGUACGCGUACCUGGACCGGCUUCGCCGCGGCGACGGCGUGCGCGUCGUGUCGGCCAACGCCCAGCGGCUGCUCACCACAGCCAUCCUCGUCGCCUCCAAGUUCGUCGAGGACCGGAACUACAAGAACUCGUACUUCGCCGCGGUGGGCGGGCUGACCGCCGCGGAACUGAGCUCGCUGGAGCUGGACUUCCUCUUCCUGAUGCAGUUCAGGCUCAACGUGAGCGUCAGCGUGUUCCAGAGCUACUGCCGGCACCUGGAGAGGGAGGUGAGCUACGGCGGCGGGUACCAGGUGGAGAGGUGCCUCAAGAAGGCCCUCGUCUGCUCCGGCGAGGCGCAGGCGCAGCAGAGGCAAGCGGCGUCGGCGGCAGCCCAGUAGACGUCAGCUCCGGAGCCGCCAUUCGCGCGUGAUCUGCCAGUUGCCCGCCACAGGCGGCCGGCACAGCAGCCGCACGAUUUGAUCGCCGGCAGCUGCCACUCGAGUGCCCAGAAAGAUCAAGGAUGUAAAUAGUUAUGGUUUGCUCGUGUACUUAGGAUAGGAGUAAGAAUUGUGCAAUGCAAUUGUUCCUCUCUACCUCGAUUGGUAAAAGAACUGAUGCGGGGACAAGUAAAAUUGAUUUUCUUUCAUGUUGUCACGACCGAUCAA